AUGCCAGAAGAACAGAGUACAAUCCCGUCUGCGAGCCGGAAACGCAAAUAUUCGCCUAGCGAAGACAGCACCAUCGCCAUCGAUGUCUUGAACAAGACACGCAAGAAGCCGACUGCUUGUACCAAGUGUCACGCUCGAAAAGUGAAGUGUCCUGGUGGCUAUCCUUGCCCAAAUUGUCAACAAGCUGGGUGUCCUCAGGAUUGUACCUACCCGGUACGUGAGCAGAAAGUAACCGUGCCUAGUAGCUAUAUCGAAAAGCUACUGGCAGAGAAUAAACGUUUGCGUGAGCAGAGUGUUCGGGAUGAGCCUCACCAUGGAGGCAUAAUCGAGGCAAUAGAAUCGUCAACUGAGCACAGCGAAGCUGCUCGCAAUCCACUACUCGAUGACAGAUCUUGGUUCUUUCCUCUCAGCAACUCUCAGAUGCCCGUCCACAUUGGCGAAGCCGCCGACACUUCGUUUGCAACUCGGCUCCGACAGGCAAUCGCGGAGGACCCCACCAUCAGCCACAUACCGCGCCAGCACUAUGUCACCGACGCCAGAAUAUUUGCCCUAUCUGAAGCCGAAUGCCCCUGGCCCACUUUGUCUCGAGCCCGUUUGCUUAUUCGCUUUGCGAUGGAAGUGGUAGGAUCCUGCUACCAUUGUUUCCGGAAGAGUGAUGUUCAUAACAGAAUGCAACAUCACUACCGCAAUCUCAGCGCCCCUAACCCGAUGUUUGCAUGCAAACUUUGGGCCCUCUUUGCGCUCGGCGAGGUUUACUCCUGCCGCACUUCCUCAACCUCUGAAGAAGAUUUCCCAGGCCUGGCAUACUUUUCACAGGCUACUAAAAUGCUAAGUCGACUUCGAGAACGCCCACAGUUCGACACAAUCGAAAUUCUUCUGCUUCUUUCUCUAUACUCGCUAUUAAUGAAUCGGCGCUAUAGCGCAUACUUUCUAGCUAGCAGUGCUGUACGUAUGAGUGUCAUCAUGGGGAUGCACCAAGCCAUGCCGGAUUAUCAACUGCCUGACAGAGCCGCGAGAGAGCACCGAGCCCGCAUAUGGUGGACAGCUUACACUUUUGACCGUCUUUGGGCUUCAAAAAUGGGUCAUCCCGUGUCGAUUCAAGACGAGGAUAUAUCCGUGGAUUUGCCAUCAGAUACCGGCAUAUCUGACGCAGACGCGGCCGACUUUCUGGCGGCCGACUACAUGAACGCGAGUAUCCGUCUGGCAAGAAUAUCCCGCGACAUUAUUUCAUCGAUAUACAACCGAAAGACCACGAACAUCCCGUUUUCACAACGGGUACAGAAGGCUUUGGGCGACUUGAGAGGCUGGGUGGGUGCGUUGCCAAAGCACUUGCAGAUUGACAGUAGAGAGGGUGAACGACCACUUGCCAGGAAUGUACAAUUGUUACAUUUAUCCUUCAAUCAGUAUGUGAUCCAAGCCACGAGACCAAUUCUACUUCACGUAUUUCAAACACACAAAGAGCUUUGGGCCGCACCACACCAAACACCAGAGCUCAAGCAAGCAAUCGGAGAGACUGCCCUUGCUUUAGCUGAAGCGUGUAUCCGAUGCGCACGACAUUCGCAUCGUCUCCUAUCGGAAUCAUGGAUCGAUGGUUCGUUCGCCAUAUUCGAUUACACCUACGCUCAGUACUUGUUCUCUGCAGCAACUAUUCUCGCCAUCUCGCACUUAUCCAUUGGUCAGAACAAUGAGAACGACAAGGAUAACUUCGAAUCCGCAAACCUAUUUCUGGAGCAAUUGAAGCGGAAUGGCAACUUCGCAGCUACAGAACUUUGCCAGCAUUUUGAUGCUCUCAGAGUCGUCGUGAGGGCUCACUGCCCAAGGAGCAGCACAGGAGACCAUUUUGACGGCGCCAACGGCGCCAACAGCGCCCUCAACUUUCCCCGACCUAGCAUGACCACAGAACCAUUCACUAGGGACAUUGUGCCCCAUGGUACUGACUCCCAGCCGAUGAUGACGGCUGAAAUGGCCCUGGCUGAACCGUCGGUACAAGAUUUCCUGUCUCAGGCAGAUCUGGAUCUCAGAUUCCUGGAUACCCACAUGCAAGACAGUCACUUUCAGAGCCUCUAUGUGGGUCUUCAGGACAUAGAAUGGGGGCGAGAUAUUAAUAGACGCAUGUGA